CUCACAUCCACACAGCAGCAUCCAGAAGAAGAAAAGAUCUCAGGAGAGUUCUCAGCACGUUCUGUCUUGCGUUUUCUCAGAGACAGUUAAGUUACAAGCCAGUCGUCCACCACUCUUUGGCAGAGAAGCCAGGCUCCAAGUCAAAUCGGGCUCACAAACCCGAGGGGCCACGCAGGAGGUGGUGGGCUUGCCAGGCGGUUCCUCACCCAGUGGCCAUGGGCGGCGACAGCGGACAGCCUCGCAGUCACACUUACACAUCGCUAGCUGAGGAUGGCCACGUGGAGCCACCCAAAAGACCCACGGGCCGGCUCAUCAUGCACAGCAUGGCCAUGUUCGGCCGGGAGUUCUGCUAUGCGGUAGAAGCGGCCUACGUGACCCCAGUCCUGCUCAGCGUGGGUCUGCCCAGGGGUCUGUACAGCGUGGUGUGGCUCCUCAGCCCCGUCCUGGGAUUCCUGCUGCAGCCCGUGGUGGGAUCGGCCAGCGACCACAGCCGGGCCGGGUGGGGCCGGCGCAGACCCUACAUCCUCACCCUGGGCGUCAUGAUGCUCUUGGGUAUGGCUCUCUACCUCAACGGGGACUCCGUCACGUCAGCUUUGAUUGCGGACCCAAGGAGAAAGCUGAUUUGGGCCAUAACCAUCACCAUGAUGGGUGUGGUUCUCUUUGAUUUUGCUGCUGACUUCAUUGAUGGGCCCAUCAAAGCCUACUUAUUUGAUGUCUGCUCUCAUCAGGACAAGGAGAGGGGCCUCCAUUACCACGCGCUCUUCACAGGUUUUGGAGGUGCCCUGGGUUACCUUUUGGGUGCCAUCGACUGGACCCAUUUGAAACUGGGAAGAGUGCUGGGCACAGAAUUUCAGGUCAUGUUCUUCUUCUCCACCUUGGUCCUCACUUCGUGUUUUACUAUCCAUCUGUGCAGCAUCCCUGAAGCCCCACUUAGAGAUGUUGCAAAGGACAUUCCCCCACAGCAAGUGCCCCGGGACCCUCCAUUAUCAUCAGACAGACUGUACGAGUAUGGGUCUAUCGAGAAAGUUAAAAACGGUUAUGUAAAUCCAGAGCUGGAGAUGCAGGGAGUGAAAAACAAAAAUCCCGCUGAACAGCUGGCUGUAUCUGCACGGAAGGUCACGCCUGUCUCAUGUUUAUUCCAGACUGGGAGGACAAUGACCGUGAAGUCGCUGCUGAGGGCGCUGGUGAGUAUGCCUGCCCACUACCGCUGCCUUUGCCUCAGCCACCUCAUUGGAUGGACCGCCUUCCUGUCCAACAUGCUCUUCUUCACAGACUUCAUGGGCCAGAUUGUGUACCAUGGGAAUCCCUACAGUGCACACAACGCCACAGAGUUUCUCAUCUACGAAAGAGGGGUCGAGGUUGGCUGUUGGGGCUUGUGCAUCAAUGCCGUGUUUUCCUCACUUUAUUCUUACUUUCAGAAAGCGUUGGUGUCCUACGUCGGAUUAAAGGGGCUUUACUUCCUGGGGUAUCUGCUGUUUGGCCUGGGGACGGGAUUUAUCGGGCUCUUCCCGAAUGUGUACUCCACCCUGGUGCUGUGCACCUCGUUCGGCGUGAUGUCCAGCACCUUGUACACCGUGCCCUUUAACCUCAUGGCCGAGUACCACCACGAGGAGCAGGAGCAGCAGAGGCAGCAGGCCCACGGAGGGGACCCGGACAGCAGCGGAAGAGGGCAGGGCCUGGACUGCGCCACCCUCACCUGCAUGGUGCAGCUGGCUCAGAUCCUGGUCGGAGGCGGCCUGGGCUUUCUGGUCAACAUGGCGGGGAGCGUCGUCGUCGUGGUGAUCACGGCCUCUGCGGUAGCACUGAUUGGCUGUUGCUUUGUGGCCCUCUUUGUUAGAUAUGUGGGUUAGGUCAAUAAAGAGAUGUUGCCUCUAAUCUCAGUCACAGAGGAGCACGUGGCAGGAAAUCAAUCUUGUCUUUCUCUCUGCAGUUUGGGGUCAGCUCAUUGCAUGCCCGGCUUGUAACUUCAUUCGCAGUCAUCUGCCCGCCCCUGACUUUCACCCAGCCCUCUGCACACCUGUCCCCGUGUUCCAGGCCUCAGUGUCCUGGGCACGACUGGGCUAUGCCUCCAUUCGCUGGUGGGUGACAGCACCUGCAUGCGCCUUCCUCGCUGUGUCUCAGUGCAGGGGAGUGCAGAGACCGUGUGUUUUCCGCAGGGCAUUUCAGGUCUUGAUGAAACCUGAGAAGCUGACUAGUUCCACACAUGACUCUUGGAUUCUUUCUACGAUUUCUUUUUUUUUUUUUUCCUUAACCAGGGGUCCAUAUAUAGUCGGGGUGGGGGGAGAUCAUAUUUUUCAUCAAAUCGACCAGUACUCAAAAUAUUGCUGAUUUAUUUUAUGAUAUCAAUUUACUCAUACUUAAUUCAUAUUUAACUUGCUCAUAAUUAAUGCAUGCUAAUUUAUGAUACCCCUGACAAGUCUGCUUGAACAUCUCAUGCUGGAGGACGUACCAUUUCAAAACAGCUCAUUUCAUUGACACAGUGAAAAUAUUUCUCUCUAGUCUGCACCUUUGUUCCGUCCUCUGGAGGCUGCAUGGCUGAAGAGACAGGCCAUGGGCUCCAGAGCUGAGCCUGGUUUUGAAUCCUGGCUUUGCUGCAAACUACUGAAUGUUCCCAACGCAUACUUGCUCAUCUAAGGGGAAAUAAUUCCUACCUAGGAGAGUUGUGACUGACCGUUAAUAAUCUAUAACACUUACGGAGUGCUUACCAUGCUUCUAAAUGUUUUACCGGCGUUAGCACAGCAGUCUUGGGAGUGGAUGCUGUUACUGAUCUCCAGUUCAUAGAUGAGGAAACUGAGGCAGAGAAGCACUACAUACCUCAUCUGCAGCAACACAGCUCGUAAGUGGCGGAGCUGGGCUUUGAACUCAGGCACUCGGUUUCUGCUGUUUCCUGUAAAAACAGCACUUAUCCUGGAGCCUGGCAAUUGGUCUGCACUUGAUUGUCACUGUUUUGUUUUUCAUUCAACCAAUAUUUGUUGAGCCGACAUACCACAUCACGUAGUUAUUUUAUUUAUUGUUUGUCACCUUUUUGUAAAGCCUGCCUGUCCUCUUCCCCCACGCCUAGGUCUGCCCCGUGCUUCAUAAGCGUCUGUCUACACACGUGCCCGAGUGGUGCAGAAUGACGAUUGGCCCCCAUGUUUUCACAGGUUAAAAAAUGUACGUGGUUCCUCUUCCUGCCUCAUCUUAGAGUCUGGUAGUGUAGUCAUUGCCUCAAAUGAAUUUGUUACUUACCAACACUUUUGGUGCUGUUGGGAAUUUGGAAAAAGGAAAUGAGCUGCUUUUGAGAACAGAGACAUGGGGAUUUGCGCUGUUGCUUGUGUUUACCGCAGGUGGUAGAACGGA